UAAGGGAGCACAUGUAAUUUGUGCAAACCUGACAUUUUGUGAUUGGGGGGUAUGUGUGUGUGACAGCCUUCUUAUGUGCGUAACUCAUUGGAUACAUGAUUCUGUGUGAGUAAUAACUCAGGGCUCCUUUUUCUAAUAAUUUGAUAUGGUUGAUCAGCUUUGGGUAAAAUUAGCACAUAGUUAAUUCAUUUAAGAUUCUAAGAGAUAGAGAUGAUACAGUGCUACUUAAUUCUUAGUUUCUUUACACUUCAGUGCAUCCUAACCAGUUUUGUGCCUGUGCUUUCUUGAGUUAGAAUCUCAGUAACAUCUUUCUCAGCUACUAUUCCUGAUGGUGUAAUUUCUUUUCUUGGCUCAAAGUCUCAGGAAGUACCUCAUUAUCUAAGAGAAGCUUGUGACUCUCAAUCCUAGCUGCCCUCCUAUUCUUUCCUCUGUAGGACAGCCCAUGUACUCUCGUGAACAUGGUGCUGCUGCAUCCGAGCGACUUCAGUUGGGGACACCGCCUCCUCUGUUGGCAGCUCGUUUGGUGCCACCUCGCAACCUCAUGGGAUCCUCCAUUGGGUAUCAUACCUCAGUCUCCAGCCCCACCCCUCUGGUCCCAGAUACAUAUGAACCAGAUGGUUAUAACCCAGAAGCUCCUAGUAUCACCAGUUCUGGUAGAUCACAGUACAGACAGUUCUUUUCAAGAACACAGACACAGCGUCCCAACCUCAUUGGCCUAACAUCUGGAGAUAUGGAUACAAAUCCAAGAGCUGCUAAUAUUGUCAUCCAGACUGAACCACCAGUUCCUGUUUCAAUUAAUAGCAACAUAACCAGAGUGGUUCUUGAACCAGACAGCCGAAAAAGAGCUAUGAGUUUGGAAGGUCCACUUACAAAGAAACCGUGGCUGGGAAAGCAAGGGAAUAACAAUCAGAGUAAGCCAGGAUUCUUGCGGAAGAAUCAGUAUACAAACACCAAAUUAGAAGUCAAGAAAAUCCCUCAGGAAUUGAACAACAUUACCAAGCUCAAUGAACACUUCAGCAAAUUUGGAACUAUUGUUAAUAUACAGGUUGCUUUUAAGGGUGAUCCAGAAGCUGCCCUCAUCCAAUACCUUACCAAUGAGGAGGCCAGGAAAGCCAUUUCUAGCACAGAAGCAGUUCUAAACAACCGAUUCAUCCGAGUCCUGUGGCAUAGGGAAAACAAUGAACAACCAGCACUACAAUCCCCAACGCAGUUGCUUCUGCAACAGCAGCAAACAAUGAGUCACCUCUCACAGCAGCACCAUCACCUUCCACAGCAUCUUCAUCCGCAGCAGGUGAUGGUGACCCAGUCUCCUCCAUCAUCAGUACAUGGAGGCAUCCAGAAGAUGAUGGGAAAACCACAGACACCAGGUGCAUAUGUUCUUAACAAAGUUCCUGUUAAACAUCGUCUUGGACAUGCAAGUGGUAACCAGAGUGAUGUGUCACACUUGUUGAAUCAGUCUGGUGGUGCUGGGGAGGAUUGCCAGAUAUUUUCAACUCCAGGUCAUCCAAAAACAAUUUACAGCUCCUCAAACUUAAAGACGCCUUCAAAACUUUGUCCAGGGUCUAAAUCUCAUGAUGUUCAAGAAGUUCUUAAAAAAAAACAGGAAGCAAUGAAGCUACAACAAGAUAUGAGGAAAAAGAGACAAGAAGUGUUAGAAAAACAAAUAGAAUGCCAAAAGAUGCUGAUAUCCAAGCUAGAAAAAAACAAAAACAUGAAACCAGAGGAAAGAGCAAAUAUAAUGAAGACUUUGAAAGAACUUGGAGAAAAGAUCUCACAAUUAAAAGAUGAACUAAAAACAUCUUCUACAGUUUCAACACCAUCCAAAGUGAAGACAAAAACAGAGGCCCAGAAAGAGUUAUUAGAUACCGAACUAGACCUCCACAAGAGGCUGUCCUCAGGAGAAGACACAACAGAGUUAAGGAAGAAACUCAAUCAGUUACAGGUUGAGGCUGCAAGAUUAGGUAUUUUACCUGUGGGGCGAGGAAAGACCAUGUCCUCUCAAGGUCGAGGAAGAGGCCGAGGCCGUGGAGGAAGAGGGAGGGGCUCACUAAAUCAUAUGGUGGUGGACCACCGCCCCAAAGCACUAACAGUUGGGGGAUUCAUUGAGGAGGAAAAGGAUGAAUUACUUCAGCAUUUCUCAGCUGCAAAUCAAGGGUCAAAAUUCAAAGACCGUCGGCUACAAAUAUCAUGGCACAAGCCCAAGGUACCGUCUGUAUCCACUGAGACUGAGGAAGAAGAAGUCAAAGAGGAGGAAACAGAAACCUCAGAUUUGUUCUUGCACGAUGAUGACGAUGAAGAUGAAGAUGAAUAUGAGUCUCGUUCAUGGAGGAGAUGAAAUCUGAUGCAAGCUGUAUAAUUUUUAGGAAUAUUGUUUAGAAGAACAACUUUUUAAAAUUAUUUAAAGAAGUCAAUGAGCCAAAAAGAUUUUUUUAUUUUUCUUUUCAACACAGUAGGUUUAAGGACAGCAAGUUUGCUAUUUAAAGGCAUCUCAUAAUUGUACAUUGUACUAAAAGCACCAAAGGCCUAGUGACUCUUCCACAGUGGUGAAGAUCCGCAGGAAUGACAAGGGUAAUCUCUAGAGCCUUAUUUUCCACACCACUUGUUCUUGUUGUAUUGGUGUUGGAUUAUGAUGUAAAUGACAGGGUGUUCAGAAAUUUUAUUUUGGAUUAUAAUCUGCUGAUAAAAUUUCAUUAAAUGUCAAAAUCGCCUGGAAUCUCUUAACUCUCAGCUAUUAUGGAUGGGUCGUCAGACAGUAGGAGGUAUUUGUAAUUAAAAUACCCUUUUGCUUUCAAGAGUUGUCUUGAAAGAAAAGUAAUUUUAAUUUUUUUCUUUUUUUUACUGUGGAGGAGCCCAAUUUACUUCAAUCUUAAGUUCUUUUUUCCAUAGUUUUUAUGUAUAAUAAUACUAUUUCAGCAAAAUUCACAAUAAAUUCUGCAUUCAUAAAUGCUAUAAAGCAAUGGUAGCCAGCUCAGUGGUAUUUCCAUCCUCUCAUUAGCUCAUGGACGUACCCUGCUGCUCGUCUUUCUUUGCUUUGAUACUUAGCGAGCUUUGGUUUAGUUAGUCCUCUUUUUUUUUUUUUCUUCAAAACCUGAACAUGCAAAAGGUGUUUACUUAAUGCCCCUUUUCACCUUUCCUUUUCCUCCUCAUCCCUUUUUACUAGGAGCCUGACUUACUGAGAUAAGUGCUUCAGUUGGGCCUUUAAGAGUCAGUACCCAAUAAAAGGUUUAAACCUGCACCUUGAUAAAUAAGUGAUGUUUUGAUAAAAAUAAAGGAAAGAUUUUAGGGGGAAGAGUCACUGACUUCCCCCUCCCCCAUCUUCUGAAGCUUCAGUUUAGUUAUAGUUCUACAAAAGGGUUAAAAAGUAUCUGAAAUUCUUUUCCUAAAUUGAAAAGAUGGGGAGG